AGAAAUAAAAAUCAUAUUUCUCCUGAAGUAAUUGUUGGAAAUUAUAGGAAAUAAUCUAGAAGCAAAUUUGUUAAAGGUGUGGGAAAGUCUUCAUAAAUAAAAUUGAGUAAACCAAUUAUCAAUUUACGAGAUUGGAAGUUUGUGUACUGUAUACACACAUGUAAUCGCUAGUUAAAUAGUAGAAGUCAAUUCUGUGGUGAAAGUUACAAAUGUGUAAAAUAUUUUUGUCUAAUAAUGUUUCUAUGAUUUUUAAUGAUUUUAAAGUAAUAAAAAGCUGCUAAUAGAUAAAUCAUUCUUACUAUGGAUAACAAGAAAAACAUAGAGAUUAAAAAUUUCUUUAUAUUUAAUUCAUCUUAUGGAGCCAAAGAGAAUGAAGAGUACAAAAAGAUAUUAUAUUAUUAUCCAUUUGGAGAGAGUACAGAAAUUCAGAUAAAGAAUAUUGGUCUCGUCGAAGGAAUUGUUCAAUUUACAGAAACUUUCAGGCCUAGCAGCUAUGUCAGCUCUUUACAUACAAAUAAACUAAGGCAGUUAUAUUUCCAACCCGAAUUAAAUUUCUGGAUUGUAAUGACUCUUAGUGUUCCUCUAGUAACGAAGAUUAAAGACAGUGUUAGCUCUAAUGAAUAUAUGGAAGAAGAUAUCCAAGAUAAUGUUUAUGAAGCCAUACUUUCCCAAGCUUAUUACAUGUAUAGAUUAUUUUGGGGUACUUUGGAACAAACACUAGUCACAGGCAAUGCAGAUAUUUUAAGAAACAGAUUAGAUACAUUUUUUAAUGCGUAUCUUAAAACUGUAAAGUUAUCAAAUGCAGAUAUUUUAAACCUUUAUGGGGGUAUUCAGUAUCUUCCACUGGAUAGACAAACUUUUUUAAAAGUUCAAUGUUUUGUUAACUUAUUAGAAUCAAGUUAUGGAUGUAUAGAAGAGAUAACAUUUUUAUAUAAUGAGCAUGUAAUAUGGAGCGGUAUCGAGCCAAAUGAUAUGAAAGUGAUGUAUCAGUAUUUAAUAGGGAUGCUGUUGCCCGCAAACAUCGAGACUGAACUUCAAGGAGGUUCUAUGCCAAGAAAUUCUCCAUUUGCUACAUUAAAACGUGGCCGUUUUAUUACCGGACCGACAAAUUUAAAACAAGCGAAAACUGUCGGCACUGUACCCAGAGUGUACCUCUUCUCAAACGACUGCUUUAAGGAGCAUCAUUUAGCUGUGUAUAGAUGUUUGAGUGCCACAGUUUGCAUAUUUAUUAAAGGCGACACUAAUUUAACUCUAGAAUUGUUUAAAGAAUUGGAUGAACUUAUAAAUCCCAGGUUGUCUUGUGUGGUUGCAGAAAUAGCGGAAUAUUGUUCCAAACAAAUUAUGCCAUCAAUAACCAGUGGAGAUACCAUUCCUAAAUUUAUUUACUUUAACAAAAUUAAUUUGGCGUAUAAAAGUACGAUACAUCUAGAUAAUAAGCAAACCGAAAAUAGUACCUGUAGUAAAGACUCUCUAAAAAUUAUGGCUGAUAUGAAAGAUCAAAACGAAUUUCUUGGACGGGCCGGAGAAAGCAUUGUAAAAACUAAAAACGACUAUUGGGUGGUCGGAAAAAAUAGUAAUUUUAGGGAGUUUUACAUAGUUUUACAAACGAAAAAUGCUAAUUUGAUAAAGAUAAGUGAGGAGGUCAAAAAGUUAUGCGAUAAUGAACUUAAGGGGAUCUUCUUUCAUCCAUUUUAGAGCAGAUGUUUUAAAUAUGUAUAAAAACUAUGUACAAAGCGAACAAAUUUUAAUAAAAAUAAC